GAUUGCUGAGCAGCUCAGGGUUACAGGAGGAAGGCAGGAAUGUGGUGUUGGAAUGAAAAUCAGCCAUGGUUAAAUGGUGGGGCAGACCAGUUGGACCAAAUCACCUGAUUCUGUUCCUGUGUCUUGUGUCUUACCGUGACUGGAUGAUGGAUCCUUCUUAUCCCGUAUCGUCUGUGAGAUGUGAGGGACAAUAAAAGAUUGUUUACUGAGGUCAUUACAUCUGCCUUCAGUGUUUAAAUCUCAGUGAGUUUUGUUCUUAGUAACAUUACACAGAAAUGUUUAGUUCUCCUUUUCAUUAUUAAUGUGCUUCAUUGUCUCUCUGGUUAAAGUUAGACCUGUGGUGAGAGAUUUAUUUGAAGAAAAACCCCAACUGGAGGCAAACCACGACUGAAGACGAGGGAGCAGCAACAAGUGAACCAGCCCGAGGACUGAGAGCACCGACUGGAGAGAACCCAUCUGACUCGGAGAUUCCAGUGAUUCAGUCAGGAGAAAGUUUGGUUAAAAAUGAGAAGGAAUUUGUCUCCAGGAAUCUCAAACGCGGCACACCAGUUUUGCUGUCUCUGUCCAGAUAUUUAAGAAGUGGAGCAAGGGAUUCAAUCGACCAUCCUUCCUGCUCAGACUGUGGGGAGGGAUUUAUUCGGUCAUCUGACCAACUGGCACGCCCGUCAUUUUACACAGGAGAAAGGCCAUUCACCUGCUCAGAUAGUGGGAAUGGAUUCACUUGGUUAUCACAAUUGAAGGUACAUCCGCAAGUUCACACUGGGCAAGGCCAUUUACCUGUUCUGUGUGUGAGAAGGGGUUCAGUCUGUCUUCCCAUCUGUGGACACACCAGUCAGUUCACACUGGGCAGAGGCUGGUCAUCUGAAGAAUUUGUGGAGAAGGAUUCACUCGGUCAUCUGAUCUAAUGGCUCACCAGCUAGUUCACUACGGGGAGAGGCCUUUCACCUGCUCGGACUGUGGGAAGAGAUUCAUUCAGUCAUCCACCCUACUGGUACAUCAGCGAGUUCACACUGGAGAGAAGCCGUUCACCUGCUCGGACUGCGGGAAGAGAUUCACUCAGUUAACCCACCUACAGAGUCAUCAGCGAGUUCACAAGGGGGAGAGGCCAUUCACCUGCUCAGAAUGUGGGAAAGGAUUCACUCAGUCAUCCACCCUACAGAGUCAUCAGCGAGUUCACACUGGGGAAAGGCCGUUCACCUGCUCAGUCUGUGGGAAGAGAUUCACUCACUGUUCCAGCUUACAGAGACAUCGGCAAGUUCACACUGGGGAGAGGCCAUUCAUCUGCUGAGAAUGUGGGAAGGGAUUCAGUCCCCAACUACUGGCACACCAGUCAGUUCACAAUGGGGAGUGGCCUUUGUUAUGAAUCUCUAGGUUUUGUUUGCUGUGGACUAUCACUUUAAGAGAGUGAGAGAGAGAGAAAUGAAGAAGGUGAAUCAGUUUGACUUGCAGCCUUUUUACAUUGCUCGCAGCUUGUUUAGUUUUAACCGAGGACACAGACACUCAGAGUCAGAUGGGGAUGAAGGAGGAAAAAUGGAAGGAUCGAAACCAGGGAACCAGUGGGCAAGGGUCUCUGUUUGGAAUUUUCCUAUGCCCACAAGGGUGGGUUACUUAUCGAUUCAGGAAACGUCGAAUGUGUGGUUGUUACAUUGUUUGAUCCAUAGGAGUGGAUCUGUUUUGGGGUAUCCUGUGAAGACCACUGAUGUGUUAACCCUUGCCUAGAUGUGGUGUGGUAAUUCACUUGACGAUACCUCUUGUGCCAAGUCACUUUCGGUGAUAGUUCGUAUGUGGAUUUGGAACGAUGACAGAUAAAAUCUACAGCGACUGUUCUCUCAUUUUACCACCAUGGAAUCUGUGGAAUUCAACAUAAUUGCCUUCUCUCGACAUUUACCCUGAAUUACAAAUAUCUCUCUCAUCACCUAUUCCAUGGUUGAACUGAACUUUCAUACUUUACCAUCUCAAGACUCCAAGCCUUGUUUCCCCCGAGAAUAGUUUGGGAGUUAUAUUUACACACAUAUAUACACAUGACACUUAACUUUUGUUUAUCUUUCUUAAGUUACUAUAUUAUAAGUGGAUUGUAUUAAAGAUUGUUUUAACAUCAAAAACAGACUCCAGGUGUAGUCCAUUGCUGCUGGUUCGUUUCUAAAGCGUAACAAUUCAGAAUAAAAUUGGGGCCUGCAACCAGAAUAUGAACAGAUUUGGGGGUGUAUUGAUUAGUUAUCGAUUUCAUUGGGGAAAUUUGCUUUUGAUUUAUUUGUGUGUGGAAAAUCAGCAGCAACGGAUGUUGAUAGAUGUCUGGAAGCACCAACAUCUGAGGCAUUAGAAGUUACCAGAAGGAUUGAGUUGUUGAGUCUUGCUAGAAGGUUCAAACUUGCUAAGGGGAAACCGACAAUGAGGAGGGCACAGAUGCAGAGAAUAAUAGCUGAACAUUAUGUAUCUGAGGGUGUGUAUAAAGUGGAGGAGUUGGAGGUGUUUCCUGAAAGUAAACAUCGUGAGCUUGAGCUCCAGGACAAGCGAGAAAAAAUUAAAGAUGGAAGCUGCGGAAAGGCAGAGGCAGCUUGAAACUAGACAGGCAGAAAAACAGAGGGAGGAAGCAGUAAGACGGGCUGUUUGAGCUGGAUAAGAUAGAGAGAUUGCAGCAAAGGGGUCUAGCAUUAGACUCUAGUGAUAAGUUGAGGCCAGUCAAGAAGUUAAAUUGGUACCACCAUUUGACGAGGUAGAGGUUGAUAAAUACUUCUGGCAUUUUGAGAAGUUUGCUCAGAGUUUAAAGUGGCCAAGAGAGGGUUGGCAUAUUCUCUUACAAAGUGCAAUUCAGGGGAACGCUUAGCAAGCCGAUUCUGCUUUGGCAGUUGAUGAAGCAGCUGAUUAUAGAACACAGAAUAGUACAGCACAGUACAGGCCCAUCGGCCCACAAUGUUGUGCCAACCCUUAAACCGUGCAUCCCAUAUAUCCCCCCAACACCUUAAAUUUCUCCAUAUUCCUGUCUAGUAGCCUUUUGAAUUUCACUAUAUCUGCUUCCACCACAGACUCAGGCAGUGCAUUCCACACACCAACCACUCUCUGAGUAAAAAAAACCUUCCUCUAAUAUCCCCCUUGAACUUUCCACCCCUUGCCUUAAACCUACGUCCUCUUGUAUUGAGCAGUGGUGCCCUGGGGAAGAGGUGCUGGCUGUCCACUCUAUCUAUGCCUCUUAAUAUCUUGUAUACCUCUAUCAUGUCUCCUUUCAUCCUCCACCACUCCAGAGAGUAAAGUCCUAGCUCCCUUAAUCUCUGAUCAUAACGCAUGCUGACUAAACCAGGCAGCAUCCUGGUAAAUCUCCUCUGUACCCUUUCCAAUGCUUCCACAUCCUUCCUAUAGUGAGGCGACCAGAACUGGACACUGUACUCCAAGUGUGGCCUAACUAGAGUUUUAUAGAGCUGCAUCAUUAACUUGCAACUCUUAAACUCUAUCCCUCGACAUAUGAAAGCUAACACCCCAUAAGCUUUCUUAACUACCCUAUCUACCUGUGAGGCAACUUUCAGAGAUCUGUGGACAUGUAGCCCAGACCCCUCUGCUCUUCCACACCACCAAGUAUCCUGCCAUUUACUUUGUACUCUGCCUUGGAGAUUUCACCUUCCAAAAUGUACCACCUCACACUUCUGACAGUAGAAGCAAAAAGUAGUAAGGUGAAAAGUAAAAGUGGCAGGCAGGCAAAUCCAGGGCAAAAAUCAAAAAGGGCCAGUUUUCAACAUAAUUGUAUAAGGGCUAAGAGUGUUUAAAAACAAGGCUGAAGGCUUUGUGUGUCACUGCAUGAAGCAUUUGUAACAAGGUGAAUGAAUUGAAUGUGCAAAUAGUUAUUAAUGAAUAUGAUAUAGUUGGGAUCAAAGAGACAUGGCUCCCAGGUAACCCAGGAUGGGAGUUCAACAUCCAGGGAUAUUCAAUAUUCAGGAGGGAUAGACAGGGAAGAAAAGGAGGUGGGGUAGCGUUGCCGGUUAGAGAGGGGAUUAAUGCAAUAGAAAAGAAGACAUUAGCCUGGAGGAUGUGGAAUCAAUAUGGGUAGAGCGGCGUAACACUAAGGGGUAGAAAACUCUGGUGGGAGUUGUGUUCAUGCCACCUAACAGUAGUAGUGAGGUUUGGGAUGGCAUUAAACAGGAAAUUAGAAAUGCGUGCCAUAAAGGACUAGCAGUUAUAAUGGGUGAGUUCAAUCUACAUAUAGAUUGAGUGAACCAAAAUGGUAAGGGUGCUGAGGAAGAGGAUUUCUUGGAAUGUAUGUGAGAUAGUUUUCGGAACCAAAAUGUCGAGGAACCAGCUAGAGAGCAAGCCAUUCUAGACUGAGUAUUAUUGAGCGAUGAGGAAGGGUUAGUUAGCAAUCUUGUCGUGCGAGGCCCCUUGGUUAAGUGACCAUAAUCCGGUGGAAUUCUUCAUUAAUAUUGAG